AUGGGCAGCGUAACGAGUAUCGAUCACGAAGAAUGUACCGUGGCAUUCCGCGCUACAACCGACGGCAGUGCACACGAGCUGCCGUUCUACGCUUUUGCUCUUGAGACCGGAUUCUGCCUCUGCUGCGAAGGAGUAUUCGCCCAGGUUGGGGCGGUGGCUGUGAGGAAUGAGAAGUCUGUGGAGAUUACGCCUACGGAAUCUGGGAGGGAAAGGGGGCACUGGUCAACGGAAGACGGUUGUUUCGCCGCAGGAGGGAGUAAGCUCGAUGCUGAUUUGUUUAUUCCUGCUACGGGGGUCGGCGCGAAUACAUGGUUUGUGAAUGUGAGCUUGCCCGCUGAGGACAGGUGGGCGUGGGCUAGUGCUUCGACGCUGAGGGGUGAGAGGGCGGGGCCAGAGCCUACGCUGCAGGAGUGGGGGGGGGGGCUAUUCGAGGCCUGUAAUGCACAAUAA